AUGAAUCGAGGAAUUCACGGUGGGCUGCGGCUGCGGCAGGAGUCCAAAAAGGACCCUGAGCCAGACACCAGCAAGGACGGAGGGCCGGGGCAAGAACCCCAACAGAACAGCCUGUUGGACGACGAAAUGCAGCCCGAACGAGUGCUGGCGACGCUUUCGUCGGCUAAAGAACCAACUGCCGGAAAGCAGGUGGCUCGAAUGUAUGCUUUCGACACCCAGAAGGUGUACAGCAAUUUGCGUUAUGCAGGCUACACACGCGCCCAGGCGGACAUAAUUAUGAGUGUGAUGCGUGACAUGGUCGACGACGUUGUUGAGGAGCUCGACCAAAACUGCGUGCCGAAUGCCACGGGGGAGAACGAGGCCUAUUUGUUUGACGCGACGUCUUCGGAAAUGCGAGACGAGACCCAGGUGGGCCGGAUCAACCAAGCAAGCCAGUACCGGUCGAGUUUGGCGCGAAUUCAGCGCGACGUCGAGAUCAUGCAGCACCAGGCGAACGAGAUGGCGACUCUGCUCAAGGCCGACAUGGACAUGGAGAUGAACGAGCGGAAAAACGCGGCACGAGUCGAGGAAAACCACAUCCAGCUGAAAAUCCAGGAAUUGAACCACCAGAUCACCCGCCUGGCCACCUACCUCAAGUCGGAAAUCGAAACGCUGCGCUGGCAGCUCACCCGGCGAGGCAUCGUGGCUAUUAUUGUCGUUGCGGUGGCCACGAUGUUUGCCACGUCCCGCACAUUUAAGGAUGAUAGUCGUAAAUCACGCCCGUCUCAAGAAACCCCCGGAACCGAGUACUCUGUGCCGUUGCUCUCCCCCAGCAUAAUGGCCGACGAGGUCGAUGAGCCUGCGAUCGACGAACUCGAGAUCCCCCAACAAAAGUCUUGA